AGACACGAGUGCACCUUGUUGCAUUAGGUAGGGUAUGUUAUCCAUGCGAAGUACUUGUCAAACUUCAGCCGAUAUCGUACGUGUGGAUGUCGAAAAUGGGGGGUAUUUAAAGGAAAAUUGUUAAUAUAGUUAAUUUUUGUUUUUAUUAUUCUGCAGUUAAUUUGAAACAAUGGGUAACCAGUUGGUUGGUAUUGCACCAUCCCAGAUUUUCCCAGUGGAACAUUAUUUGACCGAACAUCCAGAUAUGCAGUUUGAAGCAAAUCUGGGCAGCACACGGUUCUUCAAAGUGGCUCGCGCGAGGACUCAGGAAGGCCUUGUUGUGGUGAAAGUGUUUGCUAUCCACGACCCAACUCUGCCACUUGCGAAGCACAAAGACAAGAUUGAAGACAUCAGGAAUCACCUGGCCCCUGUGAAUUGCUUGCCCUUUCAAAAAGCAGUGCUGACGGAGAAGGCAGGCUUCAUCAUCAGGGAGUAUGUGAAAUUCAGCCUGUACGACCGCAUCAGCACACGGCCUUUCCUCACAAACAUGGAGAAGAGGUGGAUUGCAUUUCAAAUCCUGUACGCUUUGCACCAGUGCCAUAAAGUUGGGAUAUGCCACGGCGACAUCAAGCUGGAGAACAUAAUGAUCACCUCGUGGAACUGGGUCCUGCUGACGGACUUCGCGUCCUUCAAGCCCACGUACCUGCCGGAGGACAACCCUGCAGACUUCUCUUACUUCUUCGACACUUCUCGGCGAAGAACGUGCUACAUUGCUCCUGAAAGGUUCAUCAAGACCCUGAGCUCGGAGCUGUCGAGCCAGCUGAUCCUGCCCGAGGAGGCGCUCAAGAAGGGGGACCUCACCCCCGGCAUGGACAUAUUCUCCGCAGGGUGUGCGUUGAUGGAGUUGUUCAACGAAGGACACCCCCCGUUCGACUUCUCGCAGCUGCUGGCGUACCGCAACGGCGAGUACAACGUUUCCAAGCAGCUGGACCGCUUGGAAGAGCCUGGAAUAAGGGAGCUGGUACGGAGCAUGAUGCAGAAGGACCCCUCGUGCCGCAAGUCGGCCGAGCUGUACCUGGACGAGCAGCGGGGCCGGAUGUUCCCCGAGUACUUCUACUCCUUCAUGCAGUCCUACAUGACCAUCUUCUCCGCCGGCAUCAUCCUCUCGCCCGACGAGAAGAUAGCCAGGUUGAAAAAAGACAUCGGCUACAUCAUAAAAAUAUUGAUUUCGGGCGAGGCGGAGUUGGACGAUGGCUCGUGCGAGAAGUCUGUCCUCGAAGAUCAAGAGAAGAAGACCGAAGAUGCAGAUGACAGUGGAGCAGAGGGCCUGGUUAUCAUCACGUCAUUGGUCACUUCUUGCAUAAGGGGUUUGCGACAUUGCAAUUCCAAGUUCCACUGCUUGGACAUCUUGCUGGAACUCGCCGGCCACGUCUCGGACGAGACGAUCCUGGACCGCAUCCUUCCGUACAUAUUCCACUUUGUGCACGACCCGUUCCCGCGCGUUCGGGUGAGAGCCGUCCACACGCUGACCAAGUGCCUGGCCCUUGUCAAGAACGUGCCCUGCAGUGAUGCCAACAUCUUCCCAGAGUACGUCUUGCCAAACCUCACUCCGAUCGCUAAGGAUGAAGUGGUGAUAGUUCGAGCUACUUACGCUGAAAAUAUAGCUCAGUUGGCCACUACAGCAUUAAGGUUCCUGGAGCAGUGCCAGCUCCAGGGGGGCAGCCCCCAGCCGGGCUACGAGACGGAGCUGCAGACGCUGCAGGAGAUCAUACAGCAGAUGGUGUCGACGCUGCUCACCGACGCGCAGAACGUCGUCAAGCAGACACUCAUGGAGAACGGCAUCACCAAGCUGUGCGUCUUCUUCGGCAAGCAGAAAGCGAACGACGUGCUGCUGUCGCACAUGAUCACGUUCCUGAACGACAAGGAUGACAAGCAGCUGCGAGGAUCGUUCUUCGACUGCAUCGUUGGCGUGGCCGCGUACGUGGGUUGGCACAGCUCCCCCAUCCUGAUGCCACUCCUGCAGCAGGGACUGACGGACACGGAGGAGUUUGUGAUGAUGAAAGCGAUAAGUGCCAUGACGGCAUUGACCGAGCUGGGCCUGCUGAGCAAGUCUGACCUGUAUGACCUGCUGGAAGACACUACGUGCUUCCUGGUCCACCCCAACCUGUGGGUUCGACAGGCGAUCGUGGGGUUCGUGAGCGCCGUGGCACGGGUGCUGAACCUGGUCGACGUCCAGUGUCGGGUCAUGGCCACCCUUCAGCCGUACCUCGAGCACCCGCUCAUCCAGGCCAACAAGGAGGUGCUGCUGCUGAGCGCCCUGAGUGCGCCCGUGCCGCGCGUGGUGUACGCCAGCGCCGUGCGCUGCGCGGAGGCGGAACUGCUGCUGCAGGUGCUGCGCGACAGGCAGCGGUGCCGCGCGGAGGUGCGCGCCGGCCACGUGCCCCAGUACACCGAGCCGCCCGCCUCCCUCCGCAGCCUGUUCCGUCGCCUGGCGUCGGAAGGCAUGACGGAUGCUGUGGAGGACCAACUGCUCGCGAUGUCGCGCCACCUCCUCAAGAUACAGAAACACAACAGCAACGACAACAAGAACGACGGACGCAAGCCUGACGGUGUGAUAGAGCUGGCGAUGCUGAGCAAGCGAGUCUCGUGCCACGAGGUGCAGUUGCAGCCCCUGAACAUCAACAAGGCGGAGCCCAGCGCCGCUGUGCUCGCCAGGAGGAGCCACCGCCCCAGGCGGUCGCUGGCCCCGGACGCCCACGCGCCCGCCAUGAACGAGGAGUGGCAGCACAUGUUCGGCACGUCGGAGCCCCAGAGCCCCGCCGCCCGCCUCUCCGACACGGGCAGCCUCUCUCCCCCGGGCGGCAGCAUGGUCGGGGACACACACUUCUCCCCGCAGAGGAACGCGGACAUGGACCACGGCGCGCACGAGCGAUCUUACAUCCAGUGCCGCGUGGCGCCGUGCCACCUGGAGCUGAGGAAGCUGAUCCAGCGCAAGCAGGAGCUGUACGGCGCGGCCGUGAAGGGGCGGGAGUGGGCGGAGCAGGCGGCCUGGCAGCCCUCUCUGCCCCCGCAGGGCUGGCGUCUGCGGGGGGCCCUCGUCGCGCACCUGCACGAGCACCGCGGGGCCGUCACCAGGCUGGUGGCAGUCCCGGACACCCCGCUGUUCGCCAGCUCCUCCGCGGACGGCUGCGUCCGCAUCUGGGACUGCGGCAAGAUGGAGGGGCGCAACAUCGCCAACCGCUCGCGCCAGACGUACAGCCGGCAGGCGGGGCCCCUGGUGGGGCUGACGGCCUGCGAGGGCGGCCAGUCGCUGGCCUCCGCCUCGCACGGCGGGGCCGUCUUCGUGCUGCGGAUUGAAGCUAACAGCAACAAGAUGUCGGUUAUCAACAGUCGGCAGUUGGACAUCCAAGAAGAUGGCUGUGCUGUCGAUAUAAACUAUUUUGAUUCAGGCUCCCAGUCGGUGCUGGUGUACGCGACCAUGUACGGGUCGGUGGUGGGCUGGGACCUCCGCUCGCCCGGGACCGCCUGGAAGCUGGACAACUACCUGAAGCACGGCAUGACGACGUCCUUCUGCGUGAACUCGCGGCAGAACUGGCUGGCGCUGGGCACGAGCAGCGGCUACCACGUGUGCUGGGACCUGCGCUUCCAGCUGCCGACCACCACCUUCGUCCACCCCUCGCACGUGCGUGUGCGCAAAGUGAUCUGCCACCCCACGGAGCAGUCGUGCGUGCUGGUGGCGUACCAGGGCAACAACGAGGUGUGCGUGUGGAACCUGGAGACGCAGUUCCGCCAGAUGGUGCUGUGGGCUAGCGGCACGCCCGUGCUCUCCUACUCCCAGGUGAGCGGGCAGAGCGUGUGCGGGAUGUACGCGGGCAGCUGCGACCGGGUGCCGUUCCUGCUGGCGGGCGGCAGCGACAUGCGGCUGCGCUACUGGGACCUGGACGCCCCGGGGAACUCCUACCUGCCCGUGCCGGCCGCCGGAGACUCCCACACCGCGCUGCUGGAGUACAAGUCUCGGCUGGUGGACGGCACCAACGUGGUGGAGGAGGUGCAAGUGAAGCCGCGGCCGGGGGCAGGGGGCGCCGGCCGGCUGGGGGCGGCGGCCCGGGGAGGCGACGAGUCCCCGCGGCCGGGCCCCGACCAGCCCCAGGCCGGCCACCACGACUGCAUCACCGAGGUCGCCAUGUGCCAGGCGUCGCAGUGCUUCCUGCUGUCCGGCUCGCGCGACGGCGUCAUCAAGGUGUGGAAGUGAGGGGACUCUAAACCCCUACCCCAUACCCACUACCCUGUACCCCCUGCCACCUAGCUCCUACCCCCUACCUCUAACCCCUCUCUGCUACCCCCUAACCUCUAACCCCUAACCCCUAACCCUCUAACCCUCUAACCACUCACUGCAGGGUGCUCGUUGAAAUCUUCUCCUAACUCGGGAUGACAAGCCGUUCCCUGUUUCGUACUGGCAGACAAGAUAGGUAUUCCCUUAAUGCUUUUCACAAGAAAUUGAAACCUUAAGUCAGUGUUCCAUGAAAUAUGAACUAUUAAAUUGAAUAACUCAUUAUUUUUUUAAAACAAUUUUUUGUAUUUAAUAAGAUUUUUUUUUUUGUACUAACCAAAAUAUUAUCAGUCCCUACCGAGUUUUUAAUUAAAUUUUGAAAAUUCGAGCAUAUCAACAGAAAUUAAUUUUCCUUGUGUGUACAGCUCUUUUUCCUAUUUAUGGUGUACCAUUACUUGAAAAAAAAAAAUAUCAGCUCUAAUUUGCAAAAGUAUUGUUUGAGGUUAGAAAAGGCAAAUAAUUUGUGAAGAUCGAUUUUUUUUUCGUAACUCUAAUUUCUUUCAAGUGCAAACUUUAUCCUUUGUAAAUAACUGGUAAAAGCAUCAUCCUCUCUUCUGUUUAACUAGAAUAUAUAAUAUACAUAUGUAUAUGUGUGUAUAUACCUUAAUUAAGUUCUGUAAGUCGUUUAUAUAUAUUUUUUUUUUUGUAAAAUGUUGCAGCAGAACAUUUCAGCAAAUGGCUGAAUUAUGUAUAUAAUUUCAGUUUUGUAUGUCAUUAA